CUGGAGGACAGAUGAAGUGAAGACCUCCAGUGGAUGGCUCUGCCUGUCUCUUCAGUUUCAGAGGGGGACAAGACGCCCUCCCAGUGGGCAGCGGCAGUGCCAGGAUGCCUUUGUCCAGGCGCUGUCCAGCACAGCGCAAAGAUCACCUGACAGUCUCAUGUUGUUGUGUGAAUUUAGUUCAGCGCUAUUCUUAGCCAGCACCGGGCGAGAGGACGAGGGAGAGGGCUGGGGAGAGAGAGGGAAAUAGACGCGCAAUGAUGCCCAGCUGGUCAUCCCCACAGCUGGACCCUAGCCAGAUCCGACUGAUAGUUUACCAGGACUGUGAGCGACGGGGGAGAAAUGUCCUUUUCGACUCCAGUGCCAAAAAGAGGAGUGUGGAGGAAGCCCCUACCUCGCAGAAGAUGUGCAGUAGUGAGGCCCAGGUCAAGAUGUUUGGGAAGUGCUGUCAGCUCAGGCCUACAGGGGGCAGCUCCAGCUCUUUGGACAGCUCAUCCUCCUGCGCCUCAGAGCCCCGGGAACCCAAAGAAACCAGGGAACUGGGUCUGCGCUUCCAGGGUUCGCGGUGUUCCUCUGAUGCCAAUAUGUUAGGGGAGAUGAUGUUUGGCUCCGUUGCCAUGAGCUACAAGGGCUCCACACUCAAGAUCCACCAGAUACGGUCGCCCCCUCAGCUCAUGCUUAGUAAAGUGUUUACGGCCCGAACCGGGAGCAGUGUCUACGGCAGCCUUAACACACUUCAAGACAGCCUGGAGUUCAUCGGUCAGGAACCCAACACCCUGAGGCCUGAUCAGAACACCAGUGUCCUGGGGAAUAUAGGUUUCUCUCAGCUCUGCAGCCCGCGCCGGGCCUUCUCUGAGCAGGGCCCCCUCCGUCUCAUCAAGAGUGCCUCUUUCUUUUCAGGCCACAGUAACCCCAUGGACAUGCCGAGCCGGAGCCUGUACGACGAGAGAGACAGCGGCAUUGCCAGAUCAGCGUCCCUGAGCAGCCUGUUGAUCACGCCGUUCCCGUCCCCGGGCUCCUCCCUCACCUCCAGCCAGGCCAGUAGCUACCAGAGACGCUGGCUCCGCAGCCAGACCACCAGCCUGGAGAACGGGGUCUUUCCAAGAUGGUCUGUUGAAGAGAGCUUCAACAUGUCUGACGAGAGUGGUGCCCCCAGCCUGGGCGUGACCAGGAAGAAGAAGAUAGCCAUUGGCGUCAUCUUCCUCCUCUCCCAGGACGAAGAGGAAAACAGCAAGUUUCAAGAAUUCUUCUUCUCCCACUUCCCCCUCUUUGAGAGCCACAUGAACAAACUAAAAAGUGCCAUUGAACAGGCCAUGAAGAUGAGCCGGCGUUCCGCAGACGCCAGUCAACGGGCUCUGGCUUAUAGCCGCAUGGUCGACGGCCUCAGCGAAUUCAGGACGACCAUCGUCAACCUUUACACCAUGCCCCGUGUGGCUGAGCCCGUUUGGCUCACCAUGAUGUCUGGAGCCCACGAGAAGAACCUGCUCUGUGGACAGUUCAUGAAGGAGCUUGCCCUGCUUAUAGAACAGGCUUCAAAGAACCAGUUUCUCCCUGCCCUCCUCACAGCCGUCCUCACCAACCACCUGGCCUGGGUGCCCACCGUAAUGCCCAAUGGACAGCCGCCCAUCAAGAUCUUCCUGGAGAAACACUCGUCGCAGAGUGUGGACAAGCUGGCCAAGACCCACCCCUACAACCCUCUGUGGGCCCAGCUGGGUGACCUGUAUGGUGCCAUCGGCUCCCCGGUACGUCUCUCCAGGACGGUGGUGGUGGGUCGGAGACAGGAGUUAGUCCAGCGGCUCCUCUACAUGCUCACCUACUUCAUCCGUUGCUCCGAGCUGCUGGAGACCCACAUGCUGGACAGCGCUGAAGACGAGGCCAUCGUCAUCCCCGGCUCCCUGAUCACCACCUCCCUGCGCCGCGGGGAGGUGGAGGAGUCGGACUACGUGCUGGUCACCGUCCACAAGCCUGGCGGAGACUACCUGAGCCAGGGACCGGAGCCCACGGAGGACAGCAGCUGCCCCUCGGACAGCAGCAACAGCCUGCAGAGCAGCACGCACACAGACCCUGAGGCCGGGGACCCCCUGGAGGAGGACGGCAGUAACAACAGCCAGAGCUCCAAGGGCAGCGUGCUGCAGCGCCGCUCCGGCCACAGCACCGUGCCCACCAUCAUCCACACGGAGGACGGGAGUGAGGCCAAGUUGCCGAAGGACUCGCAGCCUCCCGGUGCGGAGGACAAGCUGGAGGCGGAGGUGGGUUUGGGUUCUGACUGCCCCAAAGAGCCGGGCUGUGGGCUGCCGGAGGCCCAGUUGGAGGUCCCUGCCUGCCUGGAGGUUGAGGCCGGGGACACUGGGAGUGUGCCUGUCAAGGUGUUCCGCUGUUCAGGUCUACACCUGGAGAAGAAGCCUCCUGACAAGAGUACGCCCGUGCCUGUACCCGGACUCUUCCACCAGGAGGAGCCUGCCACCAAGGUGUUGUUCCUCAUCGGCGACCCCCAGUCCCCGGAGUCGGACACCGAGGGCAGGAGGAAGAAGGUGGAGGAGGACAUGAAGAAGCACAGGAAGUGCAUCAAGGAGAAACAGAGACAGCAGCAACAGCUUCCCCAAGUGCCACAGCCGCUAGAUCAGCAGAAGCAACAGGUACUACCACAGGUACAACAAGGAGGAGGAUCACAGCAGAGUUGGAGCGGCGACGGUGAGGAUCAGGGUGACGAGUCUACGACCAGCACAUCACCCGCGGACCAAAUCAAGACCAACGAGGGGGGCAGGAAGACUCUGACACGGGUCCACAGUAACAUACCCCGCUGGGAGCCUGUCAGCGAGUGCUCAAAGAGUUUCGACGAAUACUUCAGCGCCGAGAACCCUGUUGAGACCAGGACUGUGGAUGAUGGGGCGAAACGCCUGGACAAAACCCAGAAAGAGCUGCUGGACCCUUCAGGAGUCCGGAGGAGCAGUACAGUACAGGGACAGGGGGGCACCGGGACGGUUGGGGUUGGAUCGUGGGCGGUGGGUGGGGUUAGGGAGGAGGCAGUCCUUCAGACCAGGUGUAGCUGUGACACUGCGGGCUCUUGUAGGAUUGGUUCUGCUGAGCAGGACAAGGGCAUUGCCAUUUCAGUUACCAUCCCCCAAGGGGACAACAGAGAGGACCAACAAAAGAAGGUGGCCCCGCUUAAUGACUGGGAGAUCCCUCGAAACGAGAGUUCGGACAGUGCACUGGGGGACAGCGAGAGCGAAGACACUGGGCAGGACGCCCCCAGGCAGAGUGAUGGCGAAACCUAUUACAGAGAGGAUCAGGAAGCAGAGGAGUGGCAAGAGGAGGUGGAGAUCCCCUUUCCUGGGUCAAAGUUGGUGGAGCAUUUCUCCAAACCGAGCAUUGCCAACUUUGGGAGGUCACUGUUCGGCGGGUACUGUCCGACCUACGUGCCAGACUUUGUUCUUCAGGGCAUACCCAAUGACGACAGGCUAAGGCAGGGCCUGCAGUCUGAAUUAGCCCAUGCUGUACAGCAUCCAGUGCUGGAUGAGCCGAUUGCUGAGGCUGUCUGCAUUAUUGCGGACACUGAUAAAUGGACCGUUCAAGUGGCCAGCAGCCAGAGGCGAACCACAGACAACAGACUGGGGAAAGAGGUCCUGGUGUCCAGCAUUGUGUCCAGCCUGCUCCAGUCCACCUACCAGCUUUACAAGAUGAACCUCUCCCCCAACUUUUGCAUAAUGCACCUUGAGGACCGACUCCAGGAGAUCUACUUUAAGAGUAAGAUGCUGGCAGAGUACCUGAAAGGCCAGACUAGAGUGCACGUCAAGGAGCUGGGGAUGGUUCUGGGUAUUGAGUCCAGUGACCUUCCCCUGCUGGCAGCGGUGGCCAGCACGCACUCUCCUUACGUGGCCCAGAUACUGCUGUAAUAGAGCCAAAGCCAGAGGUGGAGUGGGACAGUCGGGCCGGCGGUGGAGUGGGACAGUCGGGCCGGCGGUGGAGUGGGACAGCAAUAUUCUGUGCUCCACCCUGGCCCCAACACCACAAUUAGACCCUGGCCAGUAAAGGCUGGUGCAGGGCACAGUCUCUCAGUAUGCAGCCCAGAUGCUAUUCAAACGUUGUGCACUAUGUAGGAAAUGGGUGCCAUUUGUGACGCCUCCUGAAUGGGUCCGAGACCUGGGCUACUGCUGCUGCCACUGGGUGUACAGACAUAGUGCCACAAGGGGUCAGCCUAGCCCGCCGUUUCCUCCGGAAGAGCUGAAGCUCUGCUGGCCAACCAGGGGCCAGGGAGGCACACUACUGCUGUGGAUCGGCCCUAAAUCAUUUUCUUCUUUUUGAAUGUUUUUAAAAAAAAAAAACACAUUUAACUGGUUUCAGACUAUUGAAGGACAAAAAAGCCAAAUACGUAUAAAUAAUAUUCAAAAUACAUCAAAGAAACUUUUUUGUAACUUUUUUUUUUUUUAUCUGCUACUUAUCUGUACAAUCUUUAACUCUUUUAACCAGGAAACAAAGGACUGUUGUACAAGAGAUGCAUAGGAUGAGUUUUACUUAUAUAGUAAAUAUCAGAGAAUAUUAUCGAACUCACUUUAUGCCAAUUAUGGUUGUUUUCUUCAUGUAUUUGUUUACAAGUGAAAUGCCCUGAAAUGUCUUUCUCAAUAAUCUAGGAUUCAUUGGAUUUCAUUUUAAACCUACACUAAUUGGGCCUAGAUGUCAUCUGGGUAAUAGAUACACGGUAAUUUUAAUUAUUAACUGCAGAUUGAAAAAAAAAAAUGCUAAAUGUAGCUUUGACAUUCUUUAUCACAAGUACAGCACUACCUCAGAUCUUUAGUGGGCAAUCAAUGCUACACCCUUUUUAUAGUAGCCCAUGAGAAAUGCCUGAGGGAAUUGAUUUUGUUAUUUUUAAUCAAAGUAAAGUUCAAUAAAACUGUGCGAACACAAUGCUGUGCUCUUGAAAAACUGAGGUUAAGUUAAUUUCGGAGGAUGGGAAAACCCUUAUUUCUUUCUGAUAUAAAACAAGAGCUCAUUUGUACUGCGAUUUUUAUUUUAUUUUUGGGGGGUAUAAUAAACAAAUAAUCAUCUUCAUAUAUUUUCCAAACUAAAUAUUUUAAUUAUUUAAAACUUUUUUUUUAUCACUUUGCCACCAUCAAAUCAUGUUUACGACUGUAUCGCAUGCUACAAAGGGACAGUGUUUUGAAUAUCUGUUAACAAAUGUGUAUCUGUUCAUUAUACUUUACUUGUUUAUGACUAAUACUGCAUUGAUUUUACAAAAGCAAGACAUGAACCACAUACACACCUAUACAGUUCUUUGUUUGUCUUGUUUUUUUUACAAAUAUUUUUACCAUGAAAUGGAUUUGUCACAUUCUAUUUUAAAAUACAUUGUCUGGAAAGCCAUGUAAUGGAGUCUUAAUGGGCAUGAAUGGAUCAGGGCCACCUGAACAAUUUAUUUUGCUGGAUAAAAUUAUUUUUACAUGCCCAUAAUGUAAGAUGCAAAGCCACUGCAGGAUAUGUGCUACUUACUCAUUGCAUUUUGUAAAACCCCGGAUUGAUUCUCUAAGGAGUGACUUUAUAUCUAAUAAUCUUUGUAAAUGAAUAUGAAUAAAUGAUUUAUUAUGUUGUA